CCGUUCCGCUCUAGCAGAGCUUUAAAUGUCGUGUCCUGAGCCCACUUCAUUAUCCGGCCAAUUCCCAUUCCUCCCUGAGCUCCAUUUCGCUAGCAAACAUGCCGCACGUGGGUUCUGUGUUAGCAAUUUGCCGCACAAUGUAGCGAGAUGGUUCUUGAUACCAGGGGAUAACUACUACUGUUUAUUUACGAACUCCUUGUUGACCUUUCGUGAUGCCUUCUGGCAUUGAGUUGGUUAACCUUAACACCCCUUUCCCCCCCCUCUUGCGGCAUAGGUUAUGCCGAGUUCGGCGGGCGCCGAUAUGAGUCUGCUUUAUGCAGCCUUGUUCAUUUAUUAACAUCUUUGGUUUGUCGCGUUCUGUUGGAAAUAUCCCUCCUCACAACUCCACCCAUGGAGUAUGAAUUCCUGGAUCUGUCUGAUCUGGGUGAGGAUGACUUAAGUCUCCUGCGCUCUGUGCUCGGGACCAACCCCGAGCAGCAGGGCCUCACCUUACCGUGGUAUGAAGAAACAGUGCUAGAAUCGGCUGAUCCACCACUUGAAGAACUAAACCCAGAAGACAACAAUGGACCCUGCAAUUGGCUGGCCUCUCCAGAUCCUUCAGCUGCGCACAUUCAGUUUGCUGUGGCCACCCUCCCUCCCCCUCAUGCUUUCCUACCCCCUCCAUUCUUCAGCGGCGGGUCUCCCACAUGUCAAUGGUUACAACCAGUACCCGCAGGUGACCCAAUCAAUGGGGCUCAUUUGGAUCUUGCAUCCGACCUAGACGGAGCCAGUGGUGAUGAGUUAAGUCAGACGACACUCCAGGAUGUCGGGCAGGUCGUUACUGUCACCUGCGCUCCCUCUAUGCUUCAAUCAUCUGGCAUGGAUGGAGGGGUGGCCACGACCGCUGCACCGCCCAUCACCGCACACGCUGAGAUGCUGCACGGCCCUCCUGCCCAGGGCUUGGGGCAGGGUUACCCGCCUCAGCCCGAGGAGCCGCAUGCCAUAUACUCAGCCGUGCCUUACGUCCCGAGCCCGAUGUACCAGCACGCGAUGCCGCAGUACACCCACGCACCGUACCAGAUGAUUGACACUUCGCAACAGCGGGAUCAGUCCCGCGGCCGGCAGCGCAAGUCCAUGAGGGAUAAGAACAACAUGAUGCACGGCCACAACCAGGACAUGAUGGCGCGAGGACACGGCGGCCACGUCGCUCACUACGAGUACCCGUACCAGUAUCAAUAUCAGUACCAGUACCCGCCGCAGAUGCAACCUGUCCACCCCUCCACCGGCUCGCCUAUCUACAUGUACCACCCGGUGUACGAGUUCCACCCGAGCAUGGGGGUGCCGCCCGGUCCCCCGGGGCCCAAGGUGUCCUACCCUCAGGCGCCGCCCGUGUCUGUCCCCGCCCCCGCUCCAGUAGUGCUGCCCCCUCCGCCCAUCAUUCCCGUACCUCCCGUACCGGUCCCUACCCACCCGCCCCCUGAACACAUCCCGGUGCGUAUCCAGGCUCCUCCGGUCGUGCCCGCUCCGGCCCCAGCUCCUGCUCUGGCCCCAGUACCAGCUCCAGUGCCGGCCCCAGCUCCGGCGCUUGCACCAGCUCCUGCACCAGCUCCGUCCCUUGCACCAGCUCCUGCAUUAGCCCCUGCCCCGGAGGCGAAGAGCCCUACUCACGCUCCCCGUCCUUCAGUUCCAACCACAACGCUGGGCGCAACCUCAAGCGGACCUCCAGCUGGGGCCGUGUUGUCAACCAAGAGAUCCGUUGAAGUGAAGAAACCGGAGCCUCCUGCCCCAGUUGUAGAAGAUAAAGUGAGCCAGCCUGCAAAUCCCGUUCCAGUUCAAGCGCCUCCGCGCCAGCAAGUCGAGCCAAGCCCGGCACCCAUCGUUUCUGCACCGUCUGUCACCACACCCAUCCCUGCGCCAGUUACUACCCCUACACCACCAGCUCCAACGCCAGCUCUAACCCCUGCCGUGGCCCCAGUUUCAUCCCCGGUGUCGGUCCCUUCUCAAGUUCCUGCUAUUAAUCCGACCACAACCCCAUCGCCCGCUGUCUCUCUGCCACCCAAGUCUCCAACCCCCGAGCCACCUGCAGCAACUCCUGUGCCAGUGCAAACCUCUGUAGGCAAUGCCACUUCCAAGGUGGAAGAAAAUCCUACCCCAUCGCAGAACACCAGCUCACCGUGGGGCAGCAAAGCUUCAUUUGCGUCCCUCUUCAAUAGCAACAAACAGUCUUCCAUCGCUGGUACAGGGUAUACCACCUCAAAUUCAUCUGUGUCCAAUUCCUACAGUACUACCAGGAGUGAUGGGCCACAAGCAGUUUCCCCUCCAACUCAAUCUGGCUGGGGUCCAAUGCAACCCCCAAACAAAGGCUUGCCCAACACUCAGCCAAAGACUGGUGCUGUUCCAUCUGGUGUAGCUCCUGCAUUGCCUCCACCAAAUCCCUCACACGAACCAAGGCUGCAUCGAUUAUCUGAGUGGCUUCAUGAGUAUUCUUUAGACCAUAAACCUGCUAGUCUUCAACCAAGGGGUCUUACAAACAGGAACAACUGGUGUUACAUAAACGCUACACUUCAGGCUCUUCUGGCUUGUCCGCCAUUUUAUAAUCUAUUUAACAGUUUACCUGAAAGCUGCUUGCCUCAUGGACGUUCUUCUGCUGAAUCUCACACUGCCAUCAUUGAGAGCAUGAAGACCUUUGUGAAAGAAUUUAAUCAGCUACCAUCUUCAGCAAGAUUAAAGCGUGCAGAUCGAGCAGCUCGGAGCAAAGAGAGUGAUGUUCAAUAUGACAUACCUACAGGAUCAGCUUUUGAACCAACAUGUGUGUACCGUAUGCUAUCAGUUAUUCGCACUGACACAAUGGUUGAAGGAAGACAAGAGGAUGCUGAAGAAUUUCUGUCAUGUCUUCUAAAUGGUUUGAAUGAUGAAAUGCUCGAGCUCAUGAAGAUUGCUGGUGAUCUCCCCAAUGGUGAUAUUUCUACAAUACCACCUCCCAUUCCGGCUUCCUCAAAUGGGGAAACUGAGUGCCUCUCUCAAGAUGAUGCGGAUGAAUGGAAGGUUUGUGUGGGCCCUAAAAAUAAAGGCGCUGUCACUAGACAAACAGAUUUUGGACGAACACCUCUAUCUGACAUCUUCCGGGGCAAACUAAGAUCCAGAGUAGUGAGAAGCGGACAGGAUGCCAAUACUGAUAAUGUUCAACCAUUUUUUACCCUGCAGCUUGACAUAGAGAAUAGUUCAUCGGUAAAGGAUGCCUUAGAAGCAUAUGUUAAGAGAGACGUACUGGAGGGUGUAACAUGCUCACGCUCAAACCAAGAGGUCUCAGCAUGGCAAGAGGUACUACUGGAAGAAUUACCUCCAGUUCUGCUGCUUCAUCUUAAGUGCUUCGAUUAUAGUCAAGAUGGUUGUAACAAAAUAGUGAAGUCUAUUCGCUAUGAGGUUGACCUUAAAGUAGAAUCAAAACUUCUUUCCUCAACAAAGAAAACAAAACCAAAUCAACAACAUUACAAAUUGUUUGCCGUUGUCUACCAUGAUGGGAAAGAAGCUACAAAAGGCCACUACAUUACUGAUGCUUUCCAUGUAGGAUAUAAUACAUGGAUCAGAUAUGAUGACAGUUCUGUGAAAGUCAUGUCACUAAACCAAGUUUUGACACCCCGGCCACCCCGUGUUCCUUACCUGUUGUAUUACCGUCGCUUAGACACCAUGUAGAUUGACAAACAUCAGAACUGGGUUUGUCCAGUCGAUUGUUUCAUGUGCCUUGAAAUUGAAGAAAGAGAUGUCUUCAAUUUUGAAUCUCUCUUUCGUGUAAUUUUAUAUAUCUUUCAUUUGUAUCAUAUUCAUGCAUUGUUUAUAAAUCAUUUGGAUAUUCAUCCAAUCUAGCAGAGUUACUGCUCUGUAGUCUCUCUUGAGGGUGAUGGUUUUCGUUUUGUGCUUUUGAAAGUUCUUCGCUCUGAUAAGCAGUUUAUUGUUUUUGACCUGUUAAGCUUCGGUCAUUUCUUGAAGAACUCUUACUAUAACUUCCAAUUUUUACCUGAGUUCUGCUCAGGCUCAGUUUGGCCAGUUUGUGCUAGAUGUUCCAUUCUCCCCGAGUUAGCUGUAUUUAUUCUUAUUCCGGUGAAAAUUUUGUGCCUUUCCAAGAACUCUGCAUUGUGUGCUCUCCAAAAUGUUUACCAAAUUUAUUACAGUGUUAAUUAUUUGGUUUUAUUGUUGCAUUCAGGAAUUUUAAAUCUGUAUCAAUUUAUCUUUAUAAAGUUUUACAAAUUAUAUCCAGAGUGUUCUAUUAGUUUUUGUUUAAACCCCAUUUAUUUGUCAUUGUAAGUAAUAGGUGUAGCAGGGUGAUUCAGUGAACUUUUCAACGCUUUUGGUUUUUUUCUGGUUGUUGUACAAUCACCUCUUGUAAAUGUAUACAUCUGGACUUUAGAGCAGAUGAUAUAAAUUUACUCAUAUCAUAUGUUUAGCAGAGAUAUUCAAUCUAGCAUUUGAGUUUUUUUUUUGUUUUUUUUUUCCCAGAAUAUUUCUUGUCUUAAUCUUUGUAGCUGCUAAGUGCUUCUUAGCGUGAUGAAGUUUAUGACAGCUCUGUACUCUCAGAUUACUGUUACCUCAGGUCAUCGAGCCACCCAGCCCUCUGAGUUCAGUAUUCCUGUUGCUUCCUAUCCAUCGAAAAUUGCAAGGGUAUAGUUCUACUUAUCUACUUUUAGUGUAACUUCUUCGGUAAUAGCUACCUUUUUUUUAACACUGGAUGACUGCCACUGCUUGUAACAUAGGAAGCAUUCUUUUCAAUUGCAACAACGUAUUGCCUCUCUUAAAAUUAGUAUGCGCCAAUAUUUUAACGUGGAAGUGUACAUGUUAUUUUAUUUCUAAUUUAAAAAAUAUCUUCUGUUUUGUAGACUUUGUAACUAAGAGCUCAGCUAGAUUUAGGUGGUAUUGUUGUGCCAACCAUCUUUCCAUCUGUAGAACGUUUAAAUUUCAUCAUUGAGCUUAUCUAGCUGAAUCUUGACUGAAAUCUGUGAUUAUUAUUUUUUUCUCUAUAGGCCUCAUCCACAUGUACUUAUUGUAUUGUCUUUUUACUUCAAAUAAUUGCCAUGAAAUUUCUUCCCGGUUGAGAUUUGUAAAUGACUGUUUACAUUAAUGUCAAAUGUGUGGUAAUGUUGAAGCUGUACCAGAUAUAAUUGUUCUGAACAAUUUUUGUUUAAAAUGUCUCUUGUGGACCCAAUAUCAUGUGUGAACUAUUCAGUUUCCACCAAUGUUAUUUUUCUAUUGAAAUAAUUUUAUAUAAUAGACAUGUGAGAUUGUUGGAAGUCCCUGUUCCCUUUUGCAAAUGUAAUUGAAAUGUUUUAUUCUUAAGCAUGUUGUUAUAUGAUGCCCUAAUUUUGUUAUGUGUGAAAGAAAUUAUGCUGUUCUUAUUUUGGUAAUUGCUAUUAGGCUAGGUGUCUUGAAGGACCCUGUACAAAAGUUCAAGUUGUCAUGCCUACAAUCUUGAUUCACGUUAGGUCUUCAUUUAGUGUAUUACAAUUUUAUUUUUGGAAGGAAGUAGAAUAAUGGAGCUGUUUAGCAUAGAUUAGAACAACUUUUAAAUUUGAAUACAAACAAAUGACCAAAAUUAACAUUUGGUGUUGCAUUUUUCAUUUUGAAUUUGAUAUUUUAAUCAGUUUUUAAUUUUAACAGUUGUUGGUAUGGGUGGUAAUCACAAUUGCAGGAAUUUUCACUUUCAGUGGUUUCUAUAUAAUGAAUAUAGUCCAGUAGCAAUGCCGUAUUGUAAAAAUUGCUGUAAAUUACUUGUAUAUUUUUGUGCCAAAGCCCAUACAUGUAAAUAUUGUGUAUUAAAGUGUUUUUUUUUUUGUUUUAUUUUAGUCUUAACUUGCUUUCAGCAUUGGAGUAAUAUACCUGUAAAGAAAUUCACUAGUACCUAGGUAGGGUAAUAAAUUGUGCCAAUGUGCUGAGAUUCCAGAAAGCAUAAUGGUCUAUUUUUUGCCAAUCUGUAAAAUCAUUUUUAACUGGUGGUGUGAUCAGUUGCCUUUUGUUUUCAAUUAAUUUUCAGUAUCUCAGCAUAAAGGUAGUAUUGUUGGUGUGAAGCAAUCAAUUUAAGUACAAGCACAUUGAUUCACGUAUGACAGUUUUGUUAAAAAAAUGUUUGAUAAUCCUAAAGGUACCAUGUAUGUUCUUAUCCAAAAUGUAUUUGGAAUUCACAGGAUGUGGUUGUUCAUUUGAUUCCUUAAGUGAGAGUUAACUUUUUCCCUUUGAAAACUCUCUGUAUUGAGAGUAUCCUGUGUUAACUAUAAUACAAUCUGAUGGUUGCUGAUCUUAUUGUGCUUUGGCACGUAUCAAAAUGGCUUCAGUAUAAGCCUAAUGAAUGUGAUAUGUUUAGUGGAGUGUUACCCUAAUUCUCUCAGGAUUUGUUGACAACAAACCUAAUAAUGUUCAUAAUUCCUAAGUGAAAACAGCCAGUUGGUGUUGACUGUUGGGCAGUGCACAUUACAAUUGACUGGUGCAUCUACUUUUUUAUUGUGAGUGAAUGGGUGUUUGUGCUGAGUUUUUCCACAGAUAUCAAUGAUCUCAGCCGAGCUCCAAUUACCUGUGGGCUCAUAUGGCUCUGCCGUCUUGGAUGUAAACACAUUUCAUAAUUCAAACUGAUUUUCUCCUUAAUACAUAAUGUCUCUUCAGGACAAUUGCAUUUGAAGUAUGUUUGCAUCACAAGAAUUUAGUCUGAUUGGAGCAUAACCAAGUAGUUUGUUCCAUUUGCAUUCACUGUUAUCUAAAGACAAACCUUGUACUGAAUGUGGUUUGGCGGUAAUAAAUCACUGUUUGCUCA